AUGGCAGCAAGAAGAUAUUCAUCUCAACAUGCUAAAGCCAUCGUUAAAUGUGAGAACUGUGAGAAAAAUCCCUCACAAUAUAUAUGCAAAACAUGUCCUGGUCAUCUUUGUAAGGAGUGCAAAAUAGAUCACGAGUCCAGAAAAAUAACAAAAAAUCACGAAAUUACACACGUUAACAAAAAUAUGGAGGGGGCACUGUGUUUACUAUUCUGUAGAAGGCACACAGUAAAGAAAUUGGAGUUGUAUUGCUCUCUUUGCAAAGAGCCUAUCUGCACUAAAUGCCACAUAGAGUCCCAUAAUGGACAUAAAAUGGAAGAACUAGCAACUGUAUACAAUGAAAUAAGAUGCGAACUUGAAAACAAAAAGGAGUACAUAGAAGGGGAGCUUAUGCCGCGAUAUAGAGAAUUGUUAUCUGAUGAGAACAUCAAAAAAUCAGAAAUAUCAAAAAGAACCGACGAAGUUCGAAAACAAAUAGAAGACCACAAAAAAUCAAUAAUAGAGCAGGUUACGAUGAUAGAAGAGAAUACGCUACAGAUUCUACGAAAUGAGGAAAAAUUGGCCAUAGAAUCAGUUGAGAAAACAGAAAAUGAAAUCAAAAGGAGAAUUGAAACACUGAAGAAUAUCAAAGAGGACAUUUCUAACACUUUGGUUGCAAACCCAGACGUCACAUUUUUUCAAAGCAGCAUCAACAGCAUCUUGCAAGAAAUUCAAGUAUUCCCAAUAACGAUUGAUUACAGGCUUGAAAACUUUCAGGCGGGUGACAAAAAAGUAUUUACAACAGAACGUCCAUUUGGAAAAGCUCCAAAGUUUAUAAAAAAGGAAGAAAUUAACUGGCCAGGGUUUGGGUUUUCAAAACCAAAUUGCAAUGAGACACAGUCGAUCUACGAAACUUGGAAGAGGAUAAUAGAAUCUCCAAAUUGA